CAGUGUCACUCCUGGUCCACCUCUACUCAGCACUGAGGACUGUGGGGCCUCUCUGUGUGUGCCCCGUCCUGCUUCAGUUCAUCUGGCUGUGAUGUUCUGCUUCCUGUCAAGGCACCUGCACUCUCCCGGGGAUGGGAGAAACAAGUGAAAUGUCUGAUUCAGGUGGUGUUUAGGAAGAAGAGGCUGGUGGUGUUGAAGGAGAUGCUCCUUACAAAGCCUUAGAAGCAAGGCUGUCAUGGGGAGAGAGCAUCCAGCCCUCUGGGGAGGCUUUCACAAGUGCUGUUGCCAUUGGGUGCACCUCAUGUUUUCCUCUCAUUUGCCUUAUCUGCACCCUGCCCUUCCCCUCCUGGUGUGUGGAUGCAGUCUGAAAUGCUUAGUUGGCUUAAAAUCCUGCUGGGCAAGUUAAAUUUCUCUUCCUAAUGUGCUCUCAUUCGGUUCUUUGUCGCUGCACUGGCUGGCUCCCUCAGGUUGGUGGGACAAUCCAGGUCUGUGGCAAGCAAAGAGAAAGCAAUGAGCACUACGUGUUCCUCCUCUUCUGCUCAUGGGGGAAGAAAAUGCUGUGCUCUUGCUGAGUGAUUUGGCUUCCUGAUUGCUCCUAUCCCUUACUCGAGGUCACAGCUGUGUUUCCAGCUCAUAGUCUUGGACAGCAGCUCCCUCCUGCAGUCAGUGACUUCGAGCUUUGGCUUGGAAAGCUCAAACCAGGUGAACCGGUCUGGGAGGCAGCCGGUCCUGCCUAGACAAUAGGGACCGACGUCAAGUUUUUGGCAGAGUUCUCUGCUGCUCGUCACUGGCUGCGUGGCAGAUAUCCUGCUGUCCAGGAGCCUUGUUACCACCUCUAAAUAAAUGCCCUGUGUAUUCCUGGGGUGGUUACUGACAGAUUUUGGGCAACACAGCAGCCAAAGGUGGAGGUGGAGCAUGCUUAUAUCCAUAGGUGCUAGAUCUAAAGCUCCCUUUCUGUUUUGUAUGAGGUUUGAGAGAUCUUCCCGUACAGAUUCUUGCCUCUCUUCUUUCUCUGCCCUGACAAGCAGGCAGAGGGAGGCUCUGUCAAGGUUUGGAGACUGUGUUAACUUCCUUUUCCAUGCCACUUUGUACAUUUGGUCACUUGGUUGUAUUAGCUUUUAGUUGGUGCUUUUUUCCCUGUAGAUUUAGCGUGGCAGAACUAGUAACUGUCCUUUCACGUUUCCACUACUGUCCUGUAGUUUUUGCAUUGGGAAUUGUCACCCCAGGAACUUUCUGGGGAUCUGGUGGCAGGUUGCUCUAGUGUGUUAUCCUGUGCGAUGGAUUGUUAUUUCCUGCUCGUUAGAGAGACAGGCAGCCUGGCUCUGGGGGGAAGGGGGGGUAUUUAAAUGCUGUUUUAAAAGGGGAGAAAUAGACCUGACUGGGAGUAAUUCUGGGCUGUGUCUGAAAAGUGGCACUUGAGGUUUCAUGGAUGUGCUUUCUGCUGCAGUGUCAACAACCCACACCCUGUGAUGAUCUCCUGGUGAGUAGCAUAACGCUGGUACCACAGGCAUUGUACCGGCACUGACCAUAUGGGUAGUGAGAAAUGCCUGUCCCAAAGAGCUUCAAAUGAGACAGGACAGACGGCUCGUCCACUCAGCAUGCAAGCACAGCAUCGGCUCCUGACCCAGUGGUGUGUGUGCUGAGAGGUAAUGCCUGCCCUGAGCUUUCUGUCCAUGCAAAAGUCAGGCAAAACCAGCUUCAGGUUUAACCAGGGAGUUAAGCUUGGAGACAACUGAUUCAUUUAGCCAAGCUGCAUCAGGGAAAACCAGGCAAUAGUGAGUAAAUAAAGUUAGCGAGCAUCACUUGGUGAUAACGCACGCCUGCCUCGACGUUCUCAGUAGGAUGUGCUGAUGGGGAGCUGUAGGAUCCGCUGGGAGUCAGCUGCAGGGAUGUGAGCUGAAGGGGUGGGCUCGGGCAUCGAGGGUCCCUCAGACACCACAGCACAAACUUGCUUCUGGCAUCUAUCUGUACAUGUGCUCAUGUAGCUUAAAGACCUGUUGCACACUUCAUUUGCACUCCUUCUGUCCAGCCUGUUACACCUUCUGCACGGGUGAAUCUGGCAGAGAACUGGCAGAGAUGGGACAAACAUGGGGAGAACCCGCUUCAUGCAGCGGUUCAAACUCAGUGCAGCAUGGUGGUGUUUAGUCCUGGCUCUGUAGCCUGCUGGAACCCAGACUGUCCCCUUCAGCCCCUUGUGUGUGAGUGCAGGCUGAUGGGCUGUGCCAUUAGAUCAGCUCAAGGUGCUUUGUCUGGAGGAGCCUGCAUUCAGGCUCUUCAAAGUGAGCUGCUUGGGAGGUGGGACCCUCUGUGUUGUAGUAGCCGUUAGCCAGCGGAUUGCUUCAGAGUACCAGGAAGGAGUUUCUUCACCCAGAGCCGCUGCCACAUCCCCUCCUGUGUCUCUAACACACCUCACACAUUCGGCUUGUGGAGCUCAGGCUUUUGCACAUGAGUCAGAAGUGGUCACCUGUUGUCAGCACAGAGAGGAGCAGCGCUGUGGCUGCUGUCGCAAGACAGAGCAAGAUUGGAGCUGGCUAUCGGAGAGACUCUGCUGGUUCCUCUCUUGCAAGGAGCUGCCAUGAGUCACUGGGAAGCAGCACUGAUCUGGAGAGCUUGUUUUUCUUACUCCUGAUAAUCUGCUUGCUGUGCCCACCCACGGGGGUGCUUCUGCUCAAUAGCUGUCCUGACUCCUGGAUAAUAAUUAGUCAGCAAACUCCUUCCUAGGCUUGAUGGCUGGUGGGGAAACACAGUGAGCCUUCUCAGUGCUUCCAGCCAGGGGGGGUGGCUGCUGCAGCAGAGAGCCCACCCCUCACCAGGUUUCAGCGCCGGGAUCUCUCUGUGCUGUGGUUGUUUCCAGCCUCUGCCCUUGAUCUCUGUGUCUCUCCCCAGCCAGCUGGGCCUGUUGCUGCCAACCCCCAGCAUCAACUGGUUCCCAGUGUGCCUUCCAGCUGCACCAGGCUGCUGUCCCACUCCUGCACGGCUGGGCUCUGCGUAUUUUACUGCUGGGCACCAUCUGCAGCUCCUGGAAACCAGGCCAGCUCUGUUGACCCAAGAGGAGCCUGUUCCUUGUGUGACAGCUCUGAAUGGGCCCUUGUCUCUGCUGUGGGAUGUGGGACUGUGCUGUGUACCAGGGAUGGGGAGGACUUGUUUUCCAGAGAUGAGGUGGCUGUGGAUAGUUACCCAAAUUGAACUGAUAACUCAGGAUCGCUGUCUCACAUGCAGAGCUUGUAAAACUAGUGAUGAACACUCAGCUAGUAGCUCCUUUCCAAGGUGAUGCUCCCCAUGCAGUGCUUGCAGCCCUUGGGCUCCCUGUCCCACCAGUCCCACUCCACAGGGAGCAGAGCCGAGGAACUGGGAUGUGGUGGCUCAUUUCAGGCCACAUAGGAAGUGGUUGAUUAAGCUGGGAUUUGGACCCGUGUCAAAGUGUGUGCUGUACCAGAUGCUGCUUCACCAUAGCAUUGGCUGUGAGCCUGAGAGCCAGCAUGGGGUUCAAACCCUCAGGUGCAUUGUGGAGGAGCACCACUGUCACUCGCUGGAGUCCUUCCCUGUCCUGCAGAGCUCGGAAGGGUGAAUUCCCAAUCCUAGAAAUCCCCUUGUUAGAAAGGAGAAUGAACCUCAGUGUGAAAGGCAGCAGGACAGAGACACAUGGUCACUCAGAGUGAACCAGUGGUGCGGAAAAGAGCAGGUCACAAAUCCCAGCUCAGGCUGGAGUGACGCUGAGAGGUUAAACAAGGCUUCUCUUUGCUGCUGUAGAGAACAGAUCUUCAGCUGGAUGUGGCAUUUUGGAGCUAAGGCUUUGCAGAUAGAAGCUGCUUUUGGUCUGUGUUCAGUUCCUGACAGCCGGCAAGAAGUGUGACCCCAGUCUGGGUUGAGGAGAUUAUUCAUGGGUGCUCUGUGGCUUUAUGCAUUGUCUUCUAUUUCUUUCUUUCUUUCUCCUUCCUGCAGCAUUCAACCCGUGUAUGGAGCACAGCAUCCUCCUCUGGAUCCCCGGCUCACCAAGAAUUUCAUCAAGGACCGCUCCAAGGCCAAUGCGCUGCCUAUGAAAAGCAAGAAGGCCUCCAGCUUCCAUGAGUUUGCCCGCAAUACCAGUGAUGCCUGGGACAUCGGUGAUGACGAAGAUGAGGACUUCUCUUCCUCCUCUUCCUCUUUGCAAACUUUGAACUCUAAAGUGGCCAAGGCCACAGCAGCCCAGGUGCUGGAGAACCACAGCAAGUUGCGGGCAAAACCCGAGCGGGCCCAGUCAGCUCUCAGCGACAUGCCCACCAACUGCAAGGUCAUCAAGUCCAGCAGUGAGGCCCAGCUCUCCAGGACAUCUGAGGAGGCCUGUGUGAGGACCCCCCUUCAGAAGCAGCAGUCCCUUCCCCUUCGGCCUGUCAUUCCACUUGUCGCCCGGAUCUCUGACCAAAAUGCUUCGGGUGCUCCCCCCAUGACAGUGAGGGAGAAAACCCGCCUGGAGAAGUUUCGGCAGCUCCUUUCCAGCCACAACACAGACCUGGAUGAACUGAGGAAAUGCAGCUGGCCUGGUGUGCCCAGAGAGGUCCGGCCUGUGACUUGGCGUCUCCUCUCAGGUUAUCUCCCUGCAAACAUGGAGCGGCGAAAGCUGACUUUGCAGCGCAAGCGGGAGGAAUACUUUGGCUUCAUCCAGCAGUAUUAUGAUUCCCGGAAUGAGGAGCAUCAUCAAGACACCUACCGACAGAUCCACAUCGAUAUUCCAAGGACCAACCCACUCAUACCCCUCUUCCAGCAGCCGCUUGUCCAGGAGAUCUUUGAAAGAAUCCUGUUUAUCUGGGCCAUUCGACACCCAGCCAGCGGCUAUGUACAGGGAAUCAAUGACCUGGUCACUCCUUUCUUUGUUGUGUUCCUCUCUGAGUAUGUUGAGGAGGAUGUGGAGAACUUUGAUGUAACGAACCUGUCGCAGGAUGUGUUACGGAGCAUUGAAGCUGACAGCUUCUGGUGCAUGAGCAAGCUGCUGGAUGGGAUUCAGGAUAACUACACCUUUGCACAGCCAGGGAUCCAGAAGAAAGUCAAAGCCCUGGAGGAGCUGGUGAGCCGGAUCGAUGAGCAGGUACAUAAUCACUUUAGGAAGUACGAGGUCGAAUACCUGCAGUUUGCCUUUCGCUGGAUGAACAAUCUGUUGAUGAGGGAGCUGCCUCUUCGCUGCACCAUCCGCCUCUGGGACACCUACCAGUCAGAGCCAGAAGGAUUCUCACAUUUCCACCUGUACGUCUGCGCUGCCUUCUUGAUCAAGUGGCGAAAGGAGAUCCUAGAUGAGGAAGACUUCCAAGGCCUUCUGAUGUUGUUACAAAACCUGCCCACGAUACACUGGGGUAACGAAGAGAUUGGGCUCCUGCUCGCUGAAGCCUACAGACUCAAGUACAUGUUUGCAGAUGCCCCCAAUCAUUACCGCCGAUAGGUGCCAGGACUGGACUCCCUCCUCUCCCCCACAUCCAGCCCUUGUCCUGGCCCAAUCUGAUCACUGUGGCAUUUCUGUCAUCCCACGUCCUCGGACACUCCGGCCGGGAGCUGCUCCUCGCUGUACAAAGCUCACAUUGACUGUCUUAACUCUUAACGUGUGCCUGUCUGCCACUCCAUGCGCCUGGAUGUGCCACUCCAAUGACCGCCAGUAUUCCAUACCGAGCCAGGGAGAGAGGCUUGAAAGGGCUGGGAGAGGGCAUUGGGGGGCAGCUUUACAGAUAAACUGAGCCGAGGACAAAGGCCUCCUGUCCUCUCCACCCCUUACCCUGGGCUGGGACCACUUUGGCUUUGCUGCCUCGUGUUAACCUGUCACCACGUGCGCUGCCAUAUCUGCUCCCUUCUCUCUUCUGCCACUGGUCGCUCCAGCUCCCAGAUGAAAAAUGCCUUAUCAGAGACCUGCCUGGCUGGAAAAUCCUUCCCCUGAGGGCAGCGGGGCAAGAAGCUUCUCUCAGGGCCUGGCUUCGCUCCGAGGGUCUGGACACCCCAAGCACUUUCUGAGUUCACGAGAGAGCCCCUCAUGCCUGCUCUGUGUCCUCCUCAUCCUCUUCACCUCCCUCUCCCCCCGGGCACUGGGGUGAACACGGCUUGGGGCGGGGGAACCAUCACUCCAUCACUUCCAACGAUGCGUGUCAGCUUCACAGGACUUCUGGUGACUGAUGUGCUGUCGGUACAACCCCUCUGGCAUGGGGGGAGGCGCGGGGGGGCUGGAAGGGGAGCAGCAUCUCCCGCUCCCCCCCCCUUGCAAAGCCCCUGCUCCUCUGAGGCGUUCUGUGUAUAUUGUGUUCUUGUGUAUAUGGGUUAAAGAUGUACAAUAUACGUCUUACGUUUGUAGCAGAUCAUGAUUUUAUAUUUAUAACGUGCACUCCUUGUUCUCCCCAUCCUCUCCAUGCCUGGGAAGGUGUCUGCUUACAGCAUCGUAGGGCUUUGGACCACUCCAGAUGUGUGCGGGGGCUUUUGGACCCACAGGUAUUUCUCUCACAGCGUGUGUUUGCAGUGUUGGACCUGCUAGGAAGAGCAGCGAUGGAAAAAACAUGGAUCUCAAGGCUUCCCUCCAAAGAGGAUUUGGGUGUUUAAAGGACAUGGGAAGCAGGGCAGAGCCAUGUCUGGGAAACAGUGUAUCCCAGCUUGUCUGGUGCUGGCUCCGAGGCCAGUGGGACCCUGUGGGGAGGAACAAUCCUGGAUCCAGCACUGGCUGCCCCGGUGUUCCCCGGCCCUAUGGAUGUGUCCUCCAGGGCUUCUCCCAGCAAGGACCAGGCUGCCCUCACCACCCUCUGCUCUCAAACCAGUUGUGGAUGUUUUAAGCAGCUGUGUUCUUCCUGUUGGCUACAUCCUGAUGAGGGCUGGGGACGGAUCCAGGCCAUGUGGGCUGUCACCAGGGCAUGGAGCUUCCCGGUCCCUCUGCGUUCCAUUGCUGUUCCCGGUGGGAAGAGGCAGCGGAGCCGCAAGGCCGGCGCUGAGCAUGUGAAAGGCAGAGCCUUGUUGCCAAUAAAACUCCAAAUAGUGUCUCAAGAAA